UCCAGUCAUGGCGUCGCAGGUCGCUCAGAUUCUCCGAUACGCACCCAGGAUGGCGCUGCUGCUGCUCCUGUGCGGCCUGGAAGGGCAGGCCAGCCGCGCCUGCAACGCCUGCGGACCAGAGUGCGUGACGGCCUGCGGGACAGCCAUGUUCCGGGCCUGCUGCUUCAACUACAACCGCAAGAGGAGCGUCGAUCAGCGCGACGCCCUGACGCCGGCACCGUUGGACGAAGCGGCCUUCGAGACGCCGGUCGAUCCGCCGCAGCGCUCGUUGGAUGCAUGGACGCUGCUAUGGGUUCCCAGGCGCGCAGCAGCCGCCAUGCCAACCAACAUCUUCUAAGAGCUUCGUCGGCUUACCAACACCUCUACUGGCCACACGGGCGGGUCUUCCACGGGCCUAGAAAUGCUCCGCCUCGUCGAGCUGUUUAGCGUAUUUUAUUG